AUGCAACUAACUUUUAUUCAUAUUUACUUGUAUAAAAGCAAAGAAUACUUCUCUGACACAAAAAUACACAUUUUCAUUUCAUUUACAAUUACUUUCUUUAUUUUGCUUCAAAUCUUUUUUUCUUUCCUUUCCUUCGUUGCCGUUCUUCCCUCCUUUCCUUCGUUGCCGUUCUUCCCUCCUUUCCUUCGUUGCCGUUCUUCCCUCCUUUCCUUCGUUGCCGUUCUUCCCUCCUUUCCUUCGUUGCCGUUCUUCCCUCCUUUGGAAUCAUUUCUUUUUUUCUUCUUCAUGUUUAUCAAUUCCUGCACUGAUGAAAUAAAAUCAGAUUUUAUAGUUUCUCAUCCUCAUUCUGUAUUCUUUCACACAUACACUCUUGUCUCAUUUUCUCUUGUCUCAUACCUCUUUCUCUCUCCCUGUUUCACCCAUCUCACUGCCCCUCCUCUUUCUACCUCUCACUGCCCCUCCUCUUUCUACCUCUCUCCCACUGCCCCUCCUCUUUCUACCUCUCUCCCACUGCCGCUCCUCUUUCUACCUCUCUCUCCCACUGCCGCUCCUUUCUUUCUCUCCACUGCUCUUUCUCCCCUCCCUGCCGCUCCUCUUUCUACCUCUCUCUCCCACUGCCGCCCUCUCUCUCUCUCUCUCUCUCUGCCUGCCUCUCUCUCUACCUCUCUCUCCCACUGCCGCUCUCUCUCUCUCUCUCUCUCCCACUGCCGCUCCUCUCUCUCUCUCUCUCUCUCCCACUGCCGCUCCUCUCUCUCUCUCUCUCUCUCCCCCCUGCCGCUCCUCUCUCUCUCUCUCUCUCCCUGCCGCUCUCUCUCUCUCUCUCUCUCUCCCCUGCUCCUCUCUCUCUCUCUCUCCCACUGCCCUCUCUCUCUCUCUCUCUCUCUGCUGCCUCCUCUCUCUCUCUCUCCCCCCUGCCGCUCCUCUCUCUCUCUCUCCCCCCGCUCCUCUCUCUCUCUCUCUCCCCUGCCGCUCCUCUCUCUCUCUCUCUCUCCCCCUGCCGCUCCUCUCUCUCUCUCUCUCCCACUGCCGCCACUCUCUCUCUCUCUCUCUCCCUCUCUCUCUCUCUCCUCCUCUCCCACCGCUCCUCUCUCUCUCUCUCUCUCCCACUGCCCUCUCUCUCUCUCUCCCCACUGCCGCUCCUCCUCUCUCUCUCCCACUGCCGCUCCUCUCUCUCUCUCUCUCUCCCACUGCUCCUCUCUCUCUCUCUCUCCCACUGCCGCUCCUCAUUCUCUCUCUCUCCUGCUCCUCAUUCUCUCUCUCUCUCUCUCCCUCCAUCCCCCCCCCGUCUCUCAUCUCUCACUUUUAAACAUUUGUUUUUUUUCUUUCUUUUUACUUUUCUUUUUUCUUCUUUCUUCUUUCAUCUUCUCUUUUUUUUCUCUCUUCUUUCAUCUUCUCUUUUUUUUUCUCUCUUCUUUCAUCUUCUCUUUUUUUGUCUCUCUUCUUUCAUCUUCUCUUUUUUUUUCUCUUCUCCCUUCCUUUUUUAUCCUUCUUUUUUGUGAUUUCAUUUUUGAUCUUGGCAAAUAUUCUCUCUUCAUUAUUCUCUGUGACGCAGACAUUUCUAAAUUUAUAAGCAACAGUCGGAUUCAUUUAUUGUUCCCCUCUCUCGACACAAGUUUGCCAAAUCUUCACUACCCACUCCCAUUACCAGCCGUCCUCAUCUUUCUUUCUCUUUCCCUACAUUUUGAGACAGACGAAGAAAUAAAAAAUAAUCAUUUCUCUCUCUCUCUCUCUCUCUCUUUCCUUCCCUCCCUUUCUCUUUCUCUCUCUCUCUCUCUUUCCUUCCCUCCCUCCCUUUCUUUCUCUCUCUCUCUCUUUCCUUCCCUCCCUUUCUUUCCUUCCCUCCCUUUCUCUCUUUCCUUCCCUCCCUUUCUCUCUUUCCUUCCCUCCCUCUCUCUCUUCCUUCCCUCCCUCUCUCUCUUUCCUUCCCUCCCUCUCUCUCUUUCCUUCCCUCCCUCUCUCUCUUUCCUUCCCUCCCUCUCUCUCUCUUUCCUUCCUCCCUCUCUCUCUUUCCUUCCCUCCUCUCUCUUUCCUUCCCUCUCUCUUUCCUUCCCCCCCUCUCUCUUUCCUUCCCUCCCUCUCUCUUUUCCUUCCCUCCCUCCCUCUCUUUCCUUCCUCCCUUUCUCUCUUUCCUUCCCUCCCUUUCUUUCUCUCUCUUUCCUUCCCCUCCCUUUCUUUCUCUCUCUUUCCUUCCUUCCCUCCCUCCCUUUCUCUCCCUCCUUUUCUAUCUUACUCCCUCCUUUUCUAUCUUACUCUCUCUAUUUCUCUCUCUUUCUCCUCCCUCCUUUUCUAUCUUACUCUCUAUUUCUCUCUCUCUUUCUCCUCCCUCCUUUUCUAUCUUACUCUCUCUUUUCUCUCUCUCUCUUUCUCCUCCUCCUUUUCUAUCUUACUCUCUCUAUUUCUCUCUCUCUUUCUCCUCCUCCUUUUCUAUCUUACUCUCUCUAUUUCUCUCUCUCUUUUCUCCUCCCUCCUUUUCUAUCUUACUCUCUCUAUUUCUCUCUCUCUCUUUCUCCUCCCUCCUUUUCUAUCUUACUCUCUCUAUUUCUCUCUCUCUCUUUCUCCUCCCUCCUUUUCUAUCUUACUCUCUCUAUUUCUCUCUCACUUUGGAUAAGGAGUUUUACUUUGCAUGCCUGA